CCGGGCCAUCGUGGCAUAUUGCGUCCCCGCCUUCUUCAUAAUUGACGCUUCUGCGUUCUCCUAACCAGGUGGAAUGUAAUUUACGUUUUUUAUGAGAAAGAACUGGAAUAUCCGCCAAAAAUGCCCAACUUUUUGCUUGCAAUGUCAGAUAUCUUAGUAGCCCCAACCAUUCCUCGGGGAUUGGGAUCCUGAUACGCGCUCUCCUUUCCGCCGUUUAGCCCCACUCGUAAAACCCGCAUUGCAUGAUAACUUGUGGUUUUUGUUUCCUUCGUAGAGUCGCAUUCUGUGUUUUUGCCCUUCGGAUGUUUGAAAAUCUGUGUUCUGUAGAUUCUGUCUGCUUUAUGUCAGUUCAUGGUGCCUGUUAUGGGUACAUGCUUCAGCCUAUUUCCUGUGGGUUUUGGAACUAGAUUAUACAGUAGGUGGGCUGACUCAUGAAAUGUCAACCGAAAUUCCGAAAUGCGUUUUCGUUUCGAAAAGAUUAAUUAAGUAACGUUUUAAAACCAAUCAGCCUGCAGUAUAAUUCCAUAACAAUUCAGUAACAUCAGGAUGCCGACUUUCGAAUGAACUUCUUUUCGGCUGCAUGCAGAAACUAUACUCUGUAAAAAUUACUACAUAAACAGCAUGCAUUUUUCUCAUUGGUUUUCGAUGCCCCUAGAAGUCCACUUAUAUUUCCUGGAAAACAUGCAUAAAAAUAUUCAUUCUUCUGUUUAUUCGGUAGAGAAUUACGUCUUCUUCCAAAUUAUUAUUCGAAGGAAAUGUAUAAUUCGGAUUUCAAAACCUUUUCCAAUUCCCGAAUAAUUUUGAACCCGCUCUGCCGUUGCACUUGCAUUCAGCGUUUCCAAACUACAAGCUGUAUAUUUUCUGUGUAUGGAAAACCGCACAUUUCUCUACGGUAUUAAGCGGAGACCGUAUGCGGUUCAUAAGAUUUAGCUGUGGAUUUAAAUCAUUUCGUUAACUUUACAAGCCAUAUUGGUAAAUUCAGAAACAUGACUUUUUAUGAGCAGCCAUUUCACGGUAUUAAAAAGUACCACAAUUAGAAACUUUUUGAAAGCUGAAUUAUACUCUUCUUUCGAGCAUAAAUUUGGAAGAAGACGUAAUUUUCUACCGAAUGAGCAAAAGAAUGAAUAUUUUGUGCACUUUUUCCAUAAAAUAUAAUUGAAUUUUUAAGGGCAUCGAAAAUCAAUGAGAAAAACGUAUGCUACUUAAGUAGUCAUUUUUUAAAGAGUAUGGUUUUUGCAUGCAGCCGAAAAGAAAUUCAUUCGAAAGCCGGCAUCCUGAGGUAACUGAAAUAUUAUAGAAUUAUGUUGCAGACUAAUUAGUUUUACAACGUUCUUAUAAGGUCACAUGUUGACAGGGCGUUAGGCGGAAUCAGCAAAUGUAAUUUCGUAUUUAUUGUUCUUUGACACCAUUGGAGUCUGCUGAGUUUCAGGGCAUCCUUGAAGCCUUGCGGCCUUCAAUGUGUUCAACCAAUUCAAUCAAGAAAACGGAGGCAGUGACUGGCACAGCGAGAACUCGCAUCUAGGUGUACCACCACACCCCCUGGUCCACAACGUACGCAGACCAAGAUUAUAUACAACAAGAAAGAUAGGGGGCGGCUCGAAUCCUAAUUGGUCCAACAUGAGCCUGCGACUGGCCCUGCCACCAUAUCCUCAGUGUUGGCAUUUGUUAUGGGGGCGCAUUCCCGAUAACGGCUGCUGUACCGUGGCCGACCACGUGGUCCGUUUAAGGACACAGACCUAUAAAUACUACUAACACAUUCCGCAAGCUGCUAAUGCUCUGCCCGCUUCGUUUCCAAAUUAGGGACUAGCAGAAGCUCGGCCGCACAAAACGUCCCUUGAUAUAUGCCCAAGAGUUAAAAAUGGCCAUUUAGUAUGAGGUCUUUUUAUGGUUACCUAUGUAGUACUUUUACAUGCCAGGAAAACCUGAGCGCGUUACAGUAAAGGACCGUCUCGGUCCCGACCGUGGGUUUCUUUCAACCUCCACCGCCUUUCUUCAGAACCCUCUUCUCCGGUCUAGUGGGAUCCUUUCUGACGGAGAUCUUCACCUGGCGCGUUCCCUUCUUCCUAAUCGGCAGUCUGGCGGUACUCUGGUCAGCUCUCGUCUUCCAGACAAUGCUGCGUUUCCCACCCUCCGUCACCUCCCUCUGCAAGGUCCUUGCACCUGCACCAACGAAGGCGGCGGCUGGCUCUUCGUGCCCGUCGCCAGCUUUCUCCGGCCUGGUGUCUGUUGAGUUGGCACUCACUCCGGGCGGAUCACUGCCCUUGCACAAAACUCAGACCCGCUCGGCUGUAUCUGUGUCGCUGCCGCAUCCUUCGGUGAUGGAGGUGGGUGAGCACAAGUUCCUCAAGUCUGAUUGGCUGCGCGUCUUGACCAUUACGCACUCGCCCGCCUCCACCGCUUAUCCCGAUUUUUUUCAAGUCGUAAUUGUGUUCUCUGUUGACAAGGGCGAUGGGGACCAGAAUGGGCUUUUCUGGCUUAUUGACCGUCGUCAACCAGCCACACCCAACCCCGAGGUGUGCAACCGACGGGACAAUGAGCCCCUGGCUCAGUUCUCGGUGGUUAGGGCGUUGGACUUAUUGCCAGCAGGUUGCAGGACCAAGUCCCAGGAGUUGCACGCCUCGGGGCUGGGUGUGGUUGACUGA